CUUGAAGGCAGGCACCACUGCAGGAACGACACGCAGCAUAGGGACCCCCCACGCUGAGACUAGUGGUCGGAUCAAUACCCCCACGGCAGCGCCAUAUCAACGACACAUCUCGGUCCGGGUCGGGCGACACUUUUCUUCAGAAUGUCGAAAGAUCAACCACAACAACAAGAGGAGCCUUUCACCUCCGAAACCAUGACACCUGCGCUGCUCGCCCAUGCACAAAAGGCGCUGGAUGCAUGUCAUCCGAAUCUGGCCCGGAAGUUCCUCUUACGAGCAUACAGCGUUUCGCCACAAAACCCCCACGUCCUCCUGCAGCUGGGUGUUGUAGAAAUGGAGAGGAUGAAUGCAGCAGGGGAGGAUGACGAUCCGGAAGAUGUAGCUGAUGAAGAGGAGCGGGACCUGGAUACAGAGACGAGAGUGCAUAACUGCGCUAUCCGGGCAAGAGAGUACUUUUUGGAGGCUGUGCGGCUGUGGGGUGAAGCCGGGUGGGUCGUUGACGAGAUCUAUGAGGCACACCUUUAUCUGGGCCAGCUAAGCGCCGGAAAGGUAGCGCUCGAGUACUACGAUUCGGCAGCGAACUUGCUGUCUGUCGCUCUGCAAAAAGCCGGGGUAGAUACCAUGAAAGCAACGCCCGCCGUGUCAACAUCAGCAGCGACAUCCCUCCUCCUCCGCAAACUGUCCAACGCCCUGUGCUCAAUGGCCGAAAUCUACAUGACAGACUGCUGCGAUUUCGAAGAGGCCGAAUCGAAGUGUCAAUCAUACGCCCAGCGCGCCACCGAGAUAGACCCGCAGAACCCAGAAGCACAUCAAACCCUCGCCUCAGUCCGCAUGUCGCAAUGCCGACCAGACGAUGCGCGCAAGUCCCUAGAGACGAGCAUGGACAUCUGGAUCAACAGCAUUCCUCAACCAAUACUCGCAUCCGAACAACAACAACAAGCCUCAUCAUCAUCAUCACCAUCACACCCCACACCACCAGCAAUCCCACCCUACCCCGCCCGCAUCAACCUCACCAAACUCCUCCUCGAACUCUCCAUGCACGACCGGGCCCUCGCCGUCCUCAAAACCAUCGAAGAAGAAAACGACGAGGACCUCGAACUGUGGUACCUCUACGGAUACUGCCUGUACCGCAUGGGCGGCGGACGCGGGGCCGUGCCGCAGGACGGCGAUUACGAUAACGACGAUCUCGACAGCGAUGUGGCCGGCCCCGCCGUUGAGGUGGCCGACGACCGCAAGAAGGAGCUGUGGAAUGAAGCCGCGGAAUGUUUUGAGCAUUUCAUGCAGCUUUAUGAACGGCUGGCGGAGAUGAGGAAGGAGGCGAUGGCUGCUGACGGGGAGGGGAUGGAUGAUGGGGACGGCGAGGGGAAUGAGAACGAGGAAGAGAUGUAUACGCAUGCUGUGCACCUGCUGCGGUCGGAGAUAGAACCGUUUUUGGGGGGUGAGGAGGAGGGUGGGAUGGAUGUCGACGGCGGGGAGGAUGCAAUGGAUGUCUAGAAUGGUGUAGAACUUGUUCGGUCCGCUGUGCCUGCCUUCACGUCCCUCGUGGUGUUCCGAUGUACGUGGCGGGACCGCUGUAAAUUAUUCCAUGUAUAGAUGUUUCUGACGCACUUAAUCAUUAUGAAUCCCCCACA